AUGGACGAUAUACUCCCAAAGCUUCUCAAUUUCCCGCAGCAUCCCCCUCCUCCAAAUCCGCUCUCCGACCAGCAGUAUGACGAGGGGAUACGCGCCCAGAUCUCCGUUGUCAAAAAUAUCCCAAACUCGAAGCUAUUACAACCUACUUCUGGGGGCGAGAACGUUCUUGAUAUUAUAAAUCCAUCUGUGAACUCUGUGCCAUACACCUUCAUUCUGAUCGCAAAUAUCGAAGCCGCUCAGCGAAAUGACAAGAAUAUCGAUCAAGAAAACUUAUGGAACAGCAUCAUAGCUUUUCUCGCGCAAUUCGAUCCACGGCAGAUGCGAUAUAUGCAAACUGAACUUUCCCAGAUCCUAGAUAUAUUCUCGAACAUGGCGAGGCGCCAUCAUCAGAUUCCUACAGCUAUUCCACACAUCCGGGACGCACUCUUACGAUUCGAGCCUACCGGCACACUUCUUACCCCCAAACAUCUUCUACUUGUUAAGCUUGCUUUAGAGGCGAAACAGUUCGAUGAUGUCCUCCCUGUGAUCGAUAAAACAAUCCUCUAUAUACCAGGCGCUGGUCAUAGGCCAAGACAGAAAUACCUUUGUAACAUAUGUCUUCCACCAGCCGCCUAUAUUACAGUACAGACGGGUUUCGUUGCGAAGCCUCUUAAGCAUUUGGAGGUUCUGGAAUACUUUCUAUUGAGUGGGCAGGUCUACAUUGGGCUGAAGAAGUGGAAAAGAGCGAGUGAAUGUUUGGAAGUUGCUGUCACUUACCCAACCAAGGAUAGUGGUCCCAGUAAAGUCAUGACAGAAGCCUACAAGAAAUGGAUCUUGGUACGACUGUUGAUGGAUGGGAAAAUGCCGGUUUUACCAAAAGUAACAAGCCCAGGGGCAGCGAAAGUUCUCAAAGUCCUAGGCAAACCAUAUGAAACCGUUGCUCAAAUCUUCGAGCAAGGCACCGCAUCGAGACUCAAGUCAGAGCUCGAAGCAGGAAGGGAUCUCUGGACAACGGAUUGCAACAUGGGUCUAGUCAUGUGCGUAAUGGCAGCCUACCAACAAUUCCAAAUCAAAAACCUUGCGAACGUCCACACCAAACUCACAAUGGUCGACAUCCACAACCUCACCCAGAGUGCCGAAAUCGGCAGCAAACUCCCCAACGCCGCAGCAGUCGAAACAUUAGUCCAGAGCAUGAUCGCCGACGGCACUCUCCACGCCACCUUGUCCCAUCCACCCAACCAAUCUCCCGUGCUCACAUUCUCACCCAACGGCCCCCUCCUCACGGAGAAACAGACUCAAGCUGCGCUUGCGGCGUCGAGCACGAGGAUUAAAGCGCUGACGGAAGAGAUCAAGACGACGGAUCGCAUGUUGAUGUAUGAGAAGGAAUACGUGAAUUAUGCGAAGAAGAUGAAGAAGAACGCGGCGGCGGGGUUGGAGCAUGGGGUUGGUGUUAAUGAUAUGGAUUUCUUGGGGGAGGAUGAGGAUUUGAUGGGGAGUUUGUAUUGA